UGUACCCUGGAUCUGCUCCAUCCCCCCCUUUUUUUUGUUUUGGCUAUCAGGCAUUUCUGGUCUGGAAAUAACAGCUCUACCAAAUGGACAAUAUGUCGAUUACGAACACGCCAACAAGUAACGAUGCUUGUCUGAGCAUCGUUCACAGUCUGAUGUGCCAUCGACAAGGAGGGGAGAGUGAAACGUUUGCAAAGCGAGCAAUUGAAAGCUUAGUGAAAAAGCUGAAGGAGAAGAAAGAUGAGUUGGAUUCGUUGAUUACAGCCAUUACGACCAACGGCGCUCAUCCUAGCAAAUGUGUUACAAUUCAGAGGACAUUGGAUGGAAGGCUUCAGGUGGCCGGUCGCAAAGGUUUCCCUCACGUAAUUUACGCUCGGCUAUGGCGGUGGCCCGAUCUCCACAAAAAUGAACUCAAGCAUGUCAAAUAUUGCCAGUACGCUUUUGACCUGAAAUGCGACAGUGUCUGUGUAAAUCCAUAUCAUUACGAACGUGUUGUGUCGCCUGGCAUUGAUCUUUCAGGACUGACACUGCAGAGUUCUGCGCCUUCCAGCAUGCUGGUGAAAGACGAGUACGUUCACGAGUUCGAAGGGCAGCCGUCACUAUCAGCCGCCGAAGGCCAUUCGGUCCAGACUAUCCAGCAUCCUCCGAGCAACAGGGGGCCCACGGACACUUACAGCACCCCAGCCAUGUUGGCUCCGUCGGAGUCCAACCCUCCCAACGCCGCCAACUUCCCCAACAUUCCCGUCGCUUCCACAAGUCAGCCCGCCAGUAUGUUGCCAGGCGGCCACAGUGACGGACUCCUACAGAUCGCUCCCGGGCCUCAGCCGGGAACUCAACAGAACGGCUUCACAGCUCAGCCCGCCACUUACCAUCACAAUAGUACAACAACUUGGACCGGGAGUCGAACCGCGGCGUACACACCCACCAUCCCUCACCAUCAGAAUGGACAUCUUCAGCAUCACCCGCCUAUGCCCCAUCCUGGACAUUACUGGCCAGUUCAUAAUGAACUUGCAUUCCAGCCUCCUAUAUCCAAUCACCCUGCUCCAGAAUACUGGUGUUCGAUCGCCUACUUCGAAAUGGAUGUGCAAGUGGGUGAAACGUUCAAAGUCCCUUCGAGCUGCCCAGUUGUUACUGUCGAUGGAUACGUGGACCCUUCAGGAGGGGACCGUUUUUGUCUUGGCCAGCUCUCCAACGUUCACAGAACGGAAGCCAUCGAGAGGGCAAGGUUGCAUAUAGGUAAAGGUGUGCAGCUGGAAUGCAAAGGCGAAGGCGACGUCUGGGUCCGGUGUCUCAGCGACCACGCGGUCUUUGUUCAGAGUUACUACCUGGACCGAGAAGCAGGACGUGCCCCGGGAGAUGCGGUUCACAAAAUUUAUCCGAGUGCCUACAUAAAGGUGUUUGAUCUACGCCAGUGUCAUCGCCAGAUGCAGCAGCAGGCGGCCACAGCGCAGGCGGCCGCAGCGGCUCAGGCCGCCGCUGUGGCAGGGAACAUCCCGGGUCCAGGGUCCGUAGGGGGAAUCGCUCCCGCCAUCAGCUUGUCGGCGGCCGCAGGGAUUGGCGUGGACGACCUCCGCCGCUUGUGCAUCCUCCGGAUGAGCUUCGUCAAGGGCUGGGGCCCCGAUUACCCAAGGCAGAGCAUCAAGGAGACGCCGUGCUGGAUCGAAAUCCACUUGCACCGCGCCCUACAGCUCCUGGACGAAGUCCUGCACACCAUGCCCAUCGCCGAUCCGCAGCCUCUCGACUGAGAGGCCCCGGGUGGCCGCCGAGCCGGCGCUAGCGGAGGAGGGUGGAUUGUAAAAUACGGUUUCAUUUAUUAACCGGAAGGUAUAGGUCACUUCCGUUCUGCUUAAUCUCUUAACCAGGUUUUAAAGAGAAAGAUGUCUUUGCCACCUUGCACUCAGCAGAAAGAGCCUGAACCCCACUGCCCGUUUGAACCCGUUCACUCCUUUGCGGUGUGCUGGGGGGGGGGGCGUGUAUGUGGUGGGGGGAGUCACCUGUUCCUGUCCUCCUUUCGCUGUCCCAAUCGUGUGGACUUCGCCAGAGGCCUGGCGUCGAGCUGAACGAUCGCUAAGCAUGCAGGGAAGCCCGGAGUCGACCCCCUCGCUCGUGCGGAUAGCCCGCCGCUCGCCGAAUCCACCCCCCCGUGAGCAAAAUCGUGUCGAUUUAUUCGGAAGGGAUGAUGUGGUGCUGGAGUGCAGGUCUCAGAGGAGACUUCUUCGAUGUAAAAUAUUUAUGGAAGCAUACUCUUUUAAAGAAACAACAAACACUAAAAGGAAUUGGCUUCAAAGCCGGUGCUCAAUUUAAACACAACAUGAAAUAGUUCAAAGGGAGGCUUGCCCAUUCAAUUUACACAACGAAUGUUUAAUAACAGAAGUGUCUUUUCGUCGCUGUUCCCCAGUGGUUUUCAGUACAGCGAAGAGCAGUUGAGAGCGCAUGAAUGAGAGUGUGUGUGUGAGUGUGUGUUUGUGUGCGUGCGCAUUACUGAACAUGGAGUGCCAUCCUAAAAGUCCUGGAAAUCAUGCUUAGCGGUUUGGUUGCAUCAUGGAGAAUCCAGAUUUCCUAAUGUGUUCAGUAUUUCUACUCAGGGCAAGAUGGCAAACUUGUUUUUUAUACCUCGUGGUUAUUCUAAGCUCUUAACGCCAUCGACGGUCUUACCGAUUUGCAUUUUGACUUUGUAUAGAGAAUUUCAAGUAGAAGUUGCAAAUGUAUUGGCUGUACGACUGGCGCAAUAUUACGCUUUCUCUAGUUAAUAAAACUUACCAGUAAAAUUCUGAGAA